AUGAUCACGUCUUUGGGGCUUUUUAUUUGCCGACAGGCAAACGUAUUUCAGCCCAAGAGCCUCCCAAUUCUCUCAAUGUUGCCCCUUGCCUUUUCGUUUUGUGGGUUCGUCGUGUUGACGAAUCUUUCGUUGGAGUCAAAUACUGUUGGCACUUACCAGAUUAUAAAGACUAUGACAACCCCAUGUAUCAUUAUAAUUCAGACGUACUUUUAUGGUAGAAGUUUCUCACGGAAUGUUAAAUUAAGUUUAGUUCCUAUCACCAUUGGUGUUGUCUUGAAUUCAUGGUAUGAUGUUAAAUUCAACCUUCCUGGGAUUAUCUUUGCAAUAUCUGGAGUGUUGGUGACGUCAGUUUAUCAAGUGUGGGUUGGCGAAAAGCAGCAUGAGCUGCAAGUGAAUUCCAUGCAGUUGCUGUAUUAUCAAGCUCCGUUGUCGGCAUUCCUUCUUUUAUUUGUGAUCCCUUGCUUUGAACCUCUCGAUGCCUUCCAUGGAGUAUUCUUUAACUGGCCACUACAAGCAUUGGUUGCAGUAUUUAUAUCAGCAUGUGUUGCCUUUACUGUCAAUUUAUCCAUAUUUUGGAUUAUUGGAAAUACUUCCCCUGUCACAUACAACAUGAUUGGACAUCUGAAGUUUUGUAUGACUUUGUUGGGUGGUUAUCUUCUGUUUCAAGAUCCUAUUCAAAGUUUACAGCUCAUAGGCAUUGUUACAACAAUUGGAG